UAGGGGAUCAUAAAAGAGGCUGUGGAACGUUAUCUCUGCAUUAAUUACAAGUUAAGAAAAUUGUUUCCAAAUGCACUUUUCAUGCUGUGUAUGCUGAACACUUCAGAAGUGGAGCUCUUAAUAAGUUGUUACUUUUUUCUGUACUUGAAGCAGGAAGUGGUUUGAGGGAGCUGCGUGGUCUUUCACAUGUAAUUCAGUGAGUAAAUGUGUCCUGCCCAGAGGCAGAGCUCACAAGCUGAUUGUACUCUGAGUCUCAAGGUAUUUCCAAGUGAGUGAGUCGGGGGAAGGGAGUAAGGGAGUGGACUGGAGCUUGGGUCACUAUCUGGGCGGCUACAAUAGGCAUACAAUGGAAAUAGGUAGCUUGAUUGGGGGAAAAAGAUUGACUUAAAUCCCAGCUGUGCAAUUUGUUCAUUGUUUCAAUGGACAAAAGGCAGUUUACCCAGGCUCAUAGCAUACCUGCCUGGGUGUCCAAAUGUAACUAGAUGCUUUCACAAACCCCACCCACAAAGCAGCACAUGUUUUUAAGACCUCAGUUUUCUAUUCACAUCGGCCUCAUAAUACCCACCCUGACCUGCUGUAAAAGACCUGGAACAAACAAAAAUGAUUACACCUACAGUGAAGAUGCACACCAUGUCCUCCUCGCAUCUCUUCUACCUGGCGCUGUGCCUGCUCACCUUCACCAGCUCUGCCACAGCUGGACCGGAGACGCUCUGCGGGGCUGAGCUGGUGGAUGCUCUUCAGUUCGUGUGUGGAGACAGGGGCUUUUAUUUCAACAAGCCCACAGGGUAUGGCUCCAGCAGUCGGAGGGCACCUCAGACAGGCAUCGUGGAUGAGUGCUGCUUCCGGAGCUGUGAUCUGAGGAGGCUGGAGAUGUAUUGCGCACCCCUCAAGCCUGCCAAGUCAGCCCGCUCUGUCCGUGCCCAGCGCCACACCGACAUGCCCAAGACCCAGAAGGAAGUACAUUUGAAGAACGCAAGUAGAGGGAGUGCAGGAAACAAGAACUACAGAAUGUAGGAAGACCCUCCCGAGGAGUGAAGAGUGACAUGCCACCGCAGGAUCCUUUGCUCUGCACGAGUUACCUGUUAAACUUUGGAACACCUACCAAAAAAUAAGUUUGACAACAUUUAAAAGAUGGGCGUUUCCCCCAAUGAAAUACACAAGUAAACAUUCCAACAUUGUCUUUAGGAGUGAUUUGCACCUUGCAAAAAUGGUCCUGGAGUUGGUAGAUUGCUGUUGAUCCUUUAUCAAUAAUGUUCUAUAGAAAAGAAAAAAAUAUAUAUAUAUAUAUCUUAGUCCCUGCCUCUCAAGAGCCACAAAUGCAUGGGUGUUGUAUAGAUCCAGUUGCACUAAAUUCCUCUCUGAAUCUUGGCUGCUGGAGCCAUUCAUUCAGCAACCUUGUCUAAGUGGUUUAUGAAUUGUUUCCUUAUUUGCACUUCUUUCUACACAACAUGGGCUGUUUGUUUUACAGUGUCUGAUAAUCUUGUUAGUCUAUACCCACCACUUCCCUUCAUAACCUUUAUAUUUGCCAAAUUUGGCCUCGUCAAAAGCAGCAGCAAGUCGUCAAGAAGCACACCAAUUCUUACUCACAAGAUUCCAUCUGUGGCAUUUGUACCAAAUAUAAGUUGGAUGCAUUUUAUUUUAGACAAAGCUUUAUUUUUCCACAUCAUGCUUACAAAAAAGAAUAAUGCAAAUAGUUGCAACUUUGAGGCCAAUCAUUUUUAGGCAUAUGUUUUAAAAAUAGAAAGUUUCUUCAACUCAAAAGAGUUCCUUCAAAUGAUGAGUUAAUGUGCAACCUAAUUAGUAACUUUCCUCUUUUUAUUUUUUCCAUAUAGAGCACUAUGUAAAUUUAGCAUAUCAAUUAUACAGGAUAUAUCAAACAGUAUGUAAAACUCUGUUUUUUAGUAUAAUGGUGCUAUUUUGUAGUUUGUUAUACGAAAGAGUCUGGCCAAAACGGUAAUAGGUAAAAGCAAAACAAUAGGGGAAGCCUGGAGCCAAAGAUGACACAAGGGGAAGGGUACUGAAAAUGCCAUCCAUUUGGGAAAGAAGGCAAAGUCCCCCCAGUUAUGCCUUCCAAGAGGAACUUCAGACACAAAAGUCCACUGAUGCAAAUUGGACUGGCGAGUCCAGAGAGGAAACUGUGGAAUGGAAAAAGCAGAAGGCUAGGAAUUUUAGCAGUCCUGGUUUCUUUUUCUCACUGAAGAAAUAAACAUCUGCCAGCUGUGUCAUGGACUCACCACUGUGUGACCUUGGGCAAGUCACUUCACCUCUCUGUGCCUCAGUUUCCUCAUCUGCAAAAUGGGGGCAAUAUGUCAUCUACCUACCUCAAAGGGGUGGUAUAAGGUUUAAAAAGAUAAAGAUUCAGAUUUUUUUUUACCCUGGGUUGCUGUAAGGGUGCAACAUCAGGGCACUUGAGUUGCUGAGAUGCAAGGAAUUCUAUAAAUAACCCAUUCAUAGUAUAGCUAGAGAUUGGUGAAUUGAAUGCUCCUGACAUCUCAGUUCUUGUCAGUGAAGCUAUCCAAAUAACUGGCCAACUAACUAGUUGUUAAAAGCUAAUAGCGCAAUCUCUUUUAAAACACUUUUCAAAAUAUGUGGGAAGCAUUUGAUUUUCAAUUUGAUUUUGAAUUCUGCAUUUGGUUUUAUGAAUACAAAGAUAAGUGAAAAGAGAGAAGGAAAAGAAAAAGGAGAAAAACAAAGAGAUUUCUACCAGUGAAAAGGGAAUUAAUUACUCUAUUUGUUAGCACUUACUGACUCUUCUAUGCAGUUACUACAUAUCUAGUAAAACCUCUUUUAAUACUAUAAAUAAUAUUCUAUUCAUUUUGAAAAACACAAUGAUUACUUCUUUUCUAGGCAAUAUAAGGAAAGUGACCCAAAAUUUGAAAUAUUAAAAUAACAUCUAAUAAAAAGUCACGAAGUUAUCUUGUUUAACAAACUUUACUCUUAUUCUUAGCUGUAUAUACAUUUUUUUAAAAGUUUGUUAAAAUAUGCUUGACUAGAGUUUCCAGUUGAAAGGCAAAAACUUCCAUCAAAACAAGAAAUUUCCCAUGCCUGCUUAGAAGGGUAGCCCCUAGCUCUCUAUGAAUGUGUUUUAUCCAUUCAACUGAAAAUUGGUAUCAAGAAAGUCCACUGGUUAGUGUACUAGUCCAUCAUAGCCUAGAAAAUGAUCCCCAUCUGUAGAUCAAGAUUUUCUCAUUAGAACAAUGAAUUAUCCAACAUUCAGAUCUUUUUAUUCGCCUUAGAACUUUUUGGUUAAAAGUACCGAGGCUUGAUUAUUUCAUGCAAAUUCUGUAUUUUACAUUCUUGGAAAGUCUAUAUGAAAAACAAAAAUAACAUCUUCAGUUUUUCUCCCACUGGGUCACCUCAAGGAUCAGAUGCCAGGAAAAAAAAAAAGACUCCCUGGAUCUCUGAAUAUAUGCAAAAAGAAGGCCCCAUUUAGUGGAGCCAGCACUCCUGUUCAGUCAACAAGUAUUUUAACUCUCAGUCCAACAUUAUUUGAAUUGAGCACCUCAAGCAUGCUUAGCAAUGUUCUAACCACUAUGGACAGAUGUAAAAGAAACUAUACAUCAUUUUUGCCCUCUGCCUGUUUUCCAGACAUACGGGUUCUGUGGAAUAAGAUACUGGACUCCUCUUCCCAAGAUGGCACUUCUUUUUAUUUCUUGUCCCCAGUGUGUACCUUUUAAAAUUAUUCCCUCUCAACAAAACUUUACAGGCAGUCUUCUGCAGACUUACGUGUUUUCUGUCAUAGUUAGAUGUGAUAAUUCUAAGAGUGUCUAUGACUUAUGUCCUUCACUUAAUUCUAUCCACAGUCAAAAAUCCCCCAAGAAGGAAAGCUGAAAGAUGCAUUGCCAUAUUAUCUUUCUUAACUUUUUCCAACACAUAAUCCUCUCCAACUGGAUCAUAAAUAAAUUGAAAAUAACUCAUUA